UUGAGUUGAAAGCUAAUAUAAAAGAAGGUGUUACAAUGGUGGACACUUGAAAAAAAAAGAGUUUGAUGAUGUUUGGAGAAGGAGGGGAAGAUGCAAAGGCGUUGUUGUGAAAACUGAAAAGCCCGGGGGAGAAAAAGUAAGUGAGGAAGGUGAAACAGCACCCCAAAAUUGUUGUGUUUUUAUAAAGUUGUUUAUUGAUUCCCUGAGAUUGCAUUGUAAUUGGGCGAUUAAGCCAUGGAUUCAUCAAUUUCCCUUUUCUUUCUCCUCCUCCAACUCACAAUGCUAUCUGCGACCAAGAAGACUUAUAUAGUGCACAUGAAACAACGCCACGAUUCCUCCGUGCACCCCACGCAGCGUGACUGGUACGCUGCCACUCUAGAUUCUUCUCCAGACUCUCUCCUUUAUGCCUACACCGCCUCUUACAACGGCUUCGCUGCCAUACUCGACCCUCAAGAAGCCCACGUGCUGCGAGCUUCCGAUUCCGUCCUGGGCGUCUACGAGGACACGCGCUACACGCUUCACACCACUCGCACCCCCGAGUUCCUGGGCCUCCAGGCCCAUUCCGCCUUCUGGCAAGACCUCCACCAGGCCUCACUUGACGUCGUCAUAGGUGUCCUCGACACUGGCGUCUGGCCCGAAUCGCAAAGCUUCGACGAUUCCCAAAUGCCUCAAAUCCCCACUCGCUGGCGCGGUAACUGCGAGUCCGCACCUGACUUCGACCCUUCUCUCUGUAACAACAAACUCAUCGGCGCUCGAAGCUUCUCCAAGGGCUACCGCAUGGCCUCUGCUAACGCUAGAAAAAACAGAGAACCUGCUUCGCCGCGUGACCUCGACGGCCACGGCACCCACACCGCCUCCACCGCCGCUGGCUCCGCCGUUUCCAACGCCACGCUCCUCGGCUACGCCACCGGCACGGCCCGCGGGAUGGCGCCGCAGGCGCGCGUGGCGGCCUACAAAGUCUGCUGGACCGGCGGCUGCUUCGCCUCCGACAUUCUCGCCGGAAUGGAUCAGGCUAUCCAGGACGGCGUCGACGUCCUUUCGCUCUCCCUCGGUGGCUCCUCCUCCUCCGUCCCUUACUACUUCGACAACAUCGCCAUCGGAGCCUUCGCGGCGCUGGAGAGAGGCAUCUUCGUCGCGUGCUCGGCGGGGAACACCGGACCUCGCAGCGGUUCUGUCGCGAAUGUCGCUCCGUGGAUCAUGACUGUCGGCGCCGGCACGCUGGACCGUGAUUUUCCGGCGUACGCUACUCUCGGAAACGGAAAACGCUUUGCCGGAGUUUCGCUUUACAGUGGAGAGGGGAUGGGAGACGAACCGGUCGGUUUGGUUUAUUUCAGCGACCGGUCGAACUCGUCAGGCAGCAUUUGCAUGCCGGGUUCGCUCGACCCGGACAGCGUGCGCGGGAAGGUGGUGGUUUGUGACAGGGGACUCAACUCGCGCGUGGAGAAGGGUGCAGUGGUGCGCGACGCCGGCGGGGUUGGGAUGAUACUCGCAAACACGGCGGCGAGUGGCGAGGGACUGGUGGCGGACAGUCACUUGGUGGCCGCCGUGGCGGUGGGGGAAUCCGCGGGGGAUGAGAUCAGAGAGUACGCGUCUUUGGAUCCUAAUCCAACCGCUGUUCUCAGCUUCGGUGGGACCGUGUUAAACGUGAGGCCCUCGCCAGUGGUGGCAGCAUUCAGCUCUCGCGGGCCCAAUGGAGUCACGGCCCAAAUACUAAAACCCGAUGUUAUUGGGCCUGGAGUGAACAUCUUAGCGGGAUGGUCUGGUGCCGUUGGCCCAUCUGGGUCCCAAGACACUCGCAAAACUGGCUUUAACAUCAUGUCUGGAACUUCCAUGUCUUGUCCCCACAUAAGUGGUUUGGCUGCGUUGUUGAAAGCUGCGCAUCCAGAUUGGAGUCCAAGUGCUAUCAAAUCUGCACUAAUGACAACGGCUUAUACCUAUGACAACACAGAGUCUCCACUUCGUGAUGCAACGGGCGAAGAAUCCCUCUCCACACCAUGGGCCUAUGGGGCCGGUCAUGUCAACCCACAAAAGGCCCUAUCUCCUGGGCUUCUUUAUGAUGCCUCCACCCAAGACUACAUUUACUUUUUGUGCUCCUUGAACUACACCCUCGACCAUCUUAGACUCCUUGUGAAGCAUCCUGAUGCCAAUUGUUCUAAAAAAUUUGCUGACCCUGGCGACCUCAACUAUCCAUCCUUCUCGGUUGUUUUCGGAAGCAACAAGGUUGUUCGAUACACGCGCACGUUGACCAACGUGGGGGAACCGGGAUCCGCGUACAACGUGGCGGUGAGCGCGCCAUCCACCGUGGACAUAACGGUGAAUCCAAAUAAGCUUGAGUUUGGAGAAGUAGGGGAAAGGCAAACGUACACGGUGACAUUUGUAUCGAAUAGGAGUGUUAAUGAUUCCGCUACGUCUGGUUUUGGUAGCAUUAUGUGGAGCAAUGAACAACACCUAGUUAGGAGCCCGGUUGCAUUUACAUGGACCUAUUUUUGAGGUAAUGCUAGAGUGAAAUGAAAAAGAAAAGCUGCAUGACUUUAGUCUUUAGUCACAUUGCCGUUGCCAUCAGUCGAGAUUGUAAAAGCAACAUUGACAGUCGUUAACAGUGUGUGUAUCACGUGGCAGAAUGCUAUAUAUCAAGAAUGCUUACGACUAUUAUUAAUUUCAAUGUUUCAGAAUCCUCAAUCAGUGUGUGAAUAUUCACCAUCUAAA